UUCACCUCACUCCACAAACCAAAGGGCCUCAAUCAACCAAAAACACCGAAGACAAGAAACCAAAGAUACGACUUGCCGUUUAGACUCGGUGCUCAAAUUCAAAGCAGUGAUCCAAGCUGUACUGGCUGAUUCAGAGUAAGCAGAGUUUGAUCAAAGUUCUCUACUUUCGAACUGAACUUGAAACUUCAAUCAAAAUUGGACCAAUGUGUAUGUUCCUCUGGGAAUUCCCAUUUCACCAUUUCUGUCCACUUUUGAAGUUUCUCUCAGAAUCUCAGCUUCACUAACCCUUCAACUCGCUCAAAAUGAAAUCUUUAUAGUCGAUACAAGCAGUACUAUGCAUUCUCUGAAAUGGGUUCUCUUGGAUUUGAUUGGUAAAUGCAAAACCUUGAGUUGCUUCAAGCAAAUCCAUGCAAAGACUGUAACUUCAGGCCUGGCUUGCAAUGACUUGGUUGCCACCAAUGUUGUUAAGUUCUUGGGAAAAUCUGUUACCCAUUUCGAUUACGCUUGUGAUUUUCUGAAACAAGUUGACUGGCGUGUGAACUCUUUCCCGUUUAACAUGUUGAUCUCUGGCUAUGCUAAUGGUGAAAAUGCAGGGGAGGCGGUUUUGGUUUAUAGAAGGAUAGUUAGAGAUGGGUUUAUGCCUGAUAUGUUUACUAUUCCGGCGGUUUUGAAAUCUUGUGUUAAGUUUUUGGGGAUGGGAGAGGGUAGACAGGUCCAUGGUGUGGUUGUGAAGAUGGGUUUUCAGUGGGAUGUGUAUGUUCAGAACUCGCUUGUGCAUUUCUAUAGUGUUUGUGGUGAUUGUGGUAGUGCUAGUAAGGUGUUUGAUGAAAUGCGUGUGAGAGAUGUGGUGUCUUGGACUGGUUUGGUGUCCGGGCAUGUGAAGGCAGGGUUGUUUGGUGAGGCCGUGUCUUUGUUUUUGAGGAUGGAUGUGAAGCCGAAUGUGGCGACUUUUGUUAGUGUGGUUGUGGCUUGCGGGCGGAUGGGGUAUUUGAAUGUGGGGAAGGGGGUUCAUGGAUUGAUUUUGAAGCAUUCGUUGGGGAUGGACUUGGUGGUGGGCAAUGCUGUUGUGGAUAUGUAUGUUAAGUGUGAGAGUUUGUGUGAGGCGAAGCGGGUUUUUGAUGAGCUUCCCGAAAGGGACAUUGUGUCUUGGACUAGCUUGAUAAGUGGAUACGUGCAGUGUAAACGUCCGAGGGAGUCGCUGGAUUUGUUUUGCAGCAUGCAGACUAUGGGAAUAGAGCCUGAUAAGAUUAUACUUUCCAGUGUGCUUUCAGUUUGUGCCAGUCUUGGGGCUCUUGAUUAUGGUAGAUGGGUCCAUGAGUAUAUUGAUCGUAAGGGUAUCAAAUGGGAUGUACAUAUUGGAACAGCUAUGAUCGACAUGUAUGCCAAGUGUGGCUGUAUAAACAUGGCAUUGCGUACUUUCAGUGAAUUGCCUUGCGGGAAUGUCUCUACUUGGAAUGCAUUGCUAGGUGGUUUAGCCAUGCAUGGACAGGGGCACGAGGCACUCAAAAAGUUUGAAGAAAUGACUAGGUCUGGCAUCAGGCCAAAUGCAGUUACUUUUCUAGCUGUCUUGACAGCUUGCUGUCAUUCUGGUUUGAUUGAUGAAGGCCGUGGAUACUUUCAUCAGAUGAUAAGUGCACCUCAUAAUCUCUCUCCAAGAUUAGAACACUAUGGAUGCAUGGUUGAUCUGCUCUGUCGGGCUGGACUCCUCGAUGAAGCUCAGAAAUUGAUAAACACUAUGCCAAUGCAACCUGAUGUGCUGAUAUUGGGAGCUCUUCUAAGUGCUUGUAAGGCCAAAAAUGAUGCUGAGCUCUCUCAAGAAAUAUUAGACCGUCUCCUGCAACUUGAGUGGCAAGAUAGUGGGGUUUAUGUGCUUCUAUCAAACAUUUUUGCUGCUAAUAAAAGAUGGGCUGAUGCGACAAGGAUAAGGAGGUUGAUGAAGAAGAGAGGUAUACAGAAGGCCCCUGGCUCAAGUGUCAUAGAGGUGGACGGUAAGGCUCACAAAUUUUUGGUUGGGGAUACUAGCCACCCUCAGAAUGAGGAUAUACAUGUAGUGUUAGACAUCCUUGCUAAUACAAGCCAAUCUUAAAGGGAUUUUCUGCAUUCAUUCCUGAUGAGAUAAGUAUAUACUUUUCACUUUUCAAAGUUGAGGCCGUUUCCUGUAUUUUUUAUUUUUCAAUAUCUUUAGAUUAGGAUGAGUACUCUAAUUGUAAUUCUAACUGUAGUCUCAUAAUUCAAAUAAUCAUUUUUACAAGAAGUAUAUUUGAUUAUUACUACUUCAAUUUUUUUGUUAGAGUUUCAUCUAGUUUUUUUUCUACUCUAUUUUCUUGUCCCUUUUUGUUUUAUCAAUUGUCAUA